AGAGCAUAAUUUGAUCUUCAUUAUUAAAGUGUUUCGAUUCUGAAUAACUGCUAGUUUAAAAAAAUAUAGACUUGUCAUUUUCAAACAGUCAGUGAGUUUUUUGUGCAUAAUUAAUUGCAAAUUACCGUUUUUCAUCAAAAAUCCAAUAAAUUUCAUGACGAUCAUGCGUAACGUAAUGCUUUUAUUUACCGUAACAAUGCUCUUCGUGAGCGACACGUCGGCACAGCUCUCUGAGAACGGCGACUGUCCCGACUACGUUGCUUCGUCUCUCUUCACUCCGCUCGUCAUGCUGGACCUGAUUAACGUCGGCGAAAUGAAGCUGGCGAUGUCGCUGGGCAGCAGCGUGGACCGCACACACUCGUGUCAGGCGCUCACGUUUGUGGAUGGCAAGAAUUAUCGCUACACCUACAAUGAUCGUAACGGAGCUAAACGGGCCAUCAAUGGAUCAUACCAAGCGAGCUUCCCGUCGUUCAUCUCAACGUCGCAUCUCAAGCUCGUCGGCGGCUACAGGAACGUGAUGGGUGCAGACUCGAGUGGCACGUCACGCCUGGUGCCGCUGGCGUACAGUCCGGGCAUCAUCAUCUUUGUGUCGUGCUCCGAGACGCUCUGGUUCCACAACCAGCAAUUCUACUUGCUCGUCGAUUCAAAGAUACUUCUGCGUCCUGAAGAUUUGGACGAGAUCGAGAAGACCCUCAAGUCUGUGGGCAUCAUCCCAGCGAGCCUCACGUUGGACCGACCCGACCAGUCGUGCAGAGAACCUGAUCCUGACGUUGAGCAGGAGGCAUAACAGCGCUUCGUUAACUCCUUAAUUUAUAAUCGUAUCAUCAAACUUAUCUUCUACAUAACCAUCCAUUUUGAGUUGCAACGAGAAAACUCGUUUGGUAGUUAUUUAUUUAGUCUUCGUUUAGACUAUGAUGAAGAUAAGUAACAUAACCUAACGAUAUUCAGAAAUUUGUCAGCCAGUUAAGAGGUAAAUACCCGCAGGUAAGUAUGAAGCGACUUAUUUUGAAUCCCUUCACUGAAGUCAAUGUCAGAGAAAUCAUUCAAAUCAGUUUAGUAAGGCCAUUCAACUUCUCUUGUAGCAUAGCUAGAAGCGUUUUCUGUUAAAUAAAAAUAUCGCAUAU